GUCAAAGAGCGGCGCCGCCAGAUCCGGGGACCCCGCGAAGCCUCAUUUUUCUGAGUCUUGACUGCAGGCAGUGGGAUCCACGGCUGCUGGGCGAGGGGGCGCCGGUCAUAAACCCCACCUGGGGUGGCGGCUGGUGUGCGGAUCGCGGCAGGAGAGGGGCGCGGUAGGAACGGGCCUCCGGAGCCGUGGGCCGCGGGUACAGGGAUCCUUCAGUGCCGCCCGCGCGCUUUCGGCCAAGCAGCUUUCUCCCUGGCUUGUUACUAGGGCCGCCGGACUCCGUUGCUAAGGACCCUGGAGAUGCUGAGUAAAAGGGAAGCAAUGCAGAAACCAGAGUGCCAUGGAGAUGCACAGCUGAGAAACAGAGUGACAGGUAACUGUGAUCAAAGGACAUCAUCAAGUGCACAAAUAAAACAUGGGACUACAGUUCAGCGAAGUAAAUCCUCGUCAUCAACUAGUUCUCCAGAGUUUGCAAGAAAAGUUCAUCCUCGACCAAGUGAUAAACUUAACCCUAAAACAAUUAACCCAUUUGGUGAGCAGUCCCGAGCCCCUUCUGCAUUCGCAGCUAUUUACUCUAAAGGAGGUAUUCCUUGCAGAUUAGUCCAUGGUUCAGUGAAACACAGAUUACAGUGGGAAAGUCCUCCUGAAAAUCUUCCAUUCGACCCUCUUCUUAUUACUUUAGCUGAGGGUCUGAGAGAGACUAAGCAUCCAUACACCUUCGUGUCAAAAGAAGGUUUUAGAGAAUUGCUUUUGGUCCAAGGUGCUCCUGAAAAAGCUGUGCCUUUGCUUCCUAGACUGAUUCCUGUUCUAAAGGCAGCUCUGGUCCAUUCGGAUGAUGAGGUGUUUGAAAGAGGAUUGAAUGCUCUGGUACAGUUAAGUGUUGUUGUCGGUCCUUCUCUAAACGACCAUCUGAAACAUCUGCUUACAAGUCUUUCCAAGAGACUAAGAGAUAGAAGAUUUAAAGAGCCCGUCACCAGUGCAUUACAGAAGCUGGAGCUGCAUGGUGGGAGCGGAAGCCUUCUCAUCAUCAAAUCUAAAAUUCCAACAUAUUGCUCCAUAUGUUGUUGAAGAAAGGAGCCAACAGAAAUCUCACUAGCUGGUGACAAGUGUUAAGUGCUGACCAUAGUACCCUACGGAGCCUUUUCAGAUUCACUUUAGUUUAUUACUUUAUGAAUCACAGCCACCAUUCAUUGUUUACUAGUUUAAGAUGAAUAUACACAAUUCUACUGAAUCAUAGUAAAAGUUAAUUCAGCAAUGAUGGAAAGCUAUUAAAAAGUUCUAUAAUAGUACAAUUUUGUGGGUUUUAUUUUUUAUAUUUCUAUGGUUUGUGUGAACAACCAUUACUAAGUUUACAGUGGAUGUGUUUGUAUUUAUUUAUAUUUUCUAGUAGCUUUUAUUUAUAACAUUUGUUUUUCAGUUAGUAGCUGUACACUUAUUUCUAGACAUUUUGCCAUUUCUGGAUUUUAUAUUUAUCGAGGCUAUGAAAAUUUAAAAUAGUGGACAAACACUUGUGAAUUUGCUGUUAAUUAUUGUUUGUAAAUAUGUAUUUUAUAAUAUAGAAUGCUUGGAAAAUUUCUUUCCAGAGUAUUCUAGUUUAAGACUUUUUUUUUAAAUAUGUGAAUUUUCUUUUAAGUAUGUUGUUUGUUACAACUGUUAAAACUACCUAAAUUUUAGAUGUUAAUUGUAUUUCAGUAAAUGUUAUUUUUGUACUUCAUAGUCUGAAAAUACUGAGCAUAUUCAGUACAUGAAGAUAUUCAGAAAUUAAAAUCUUAAAACUCUUAAGUGUA